GUUUAUUGAAACUUUUUAUUAAUACCUCUUCUUUUUUUUUUCUUCCAAAAUUUUAUAAUAUAUUGUAAACAUAUUUUAAUAAAAUGGAAAACGAUAAUAUAUUUAUAAGUUAUGAGUCGAAAAUGAAAUCAUUUGAAGACCCUUUACAAAAUACAUUUUUUAAAUAUCAUUCGAAUCAUGAUAUUAAGUCUUAUGACUCUGAUAUACUUUGUAAUGAUCCUUCUUACUCAAAAACCUUGUACGAUGAUGAUUAUAUUAACUAUUUAGUUGAAUUACAUAGACCAAUUUUUCCUCCUGAUAUAAAUGUGGAAGAGUUUGUUAAUGAAAAUGAGAAUAAUAAAAAAAUUAAAGAUAUGAGUAAAAUGAAUAGGGGAAAUUCUUUUAUGGUUUAUCGAAAAUAUCUUCAUAAACAUCUGCAAAUAUCUGGUGUCAACUUUCCUAUGAAACAACUAUCACAAUUAGCAAGUGCUUUAUGGAAGAGUGAACCUGAAAAUGUAAAAGACCAUUAUAAAGUUCUUUCUGAAAGAAUACAGGAAUUACAUUAUGAACGUUUAGGAAAUUUAAUAAUUAAUGGUAAACGUAAAAAGUCACCAAACGAUGAUGAUGAUGAUAAUGAAAAGAUGUCUCAUAAAAAAAUUAAAGAUAUGACUAAAAAAAAUGGUGGAAAUAGUUUCAUUAUUUUUAGGAAAAAACUUAAUGAAUUUUUGAAAUCAAAAGGAUUUAACCUUCCAAUGCAAAAACUAUCACCUUUGGCGAGUGAUCUUUGGAGUAAACAACCAGAAUAUGUGAAAAGUCAACAUAAAGAACUUUCAGAGCAAACCAAGAAAUUACUUAACGAACAAAUGAAGAAUUUGUAUUAUGGACAAGAUGAUAAUGGGUCGUUCGUGAAUAAUAUUCAAAGCGAACAACUAAUGCCUAUUUAUAUCGAAUUAGAAUAAGAUAUAAGUUACUUUAUUAUGUAUUAUUUUUUUCAUGUAUUUGUAUUUAUUUAUGUUAUGUCUGUUAUUAUAUUGUGCUUAUUUUAUUGUAUGUAAUCAAGAGCAUUCCCAGUAAUAAAAAUUUUGUUCUUUAUUUAUUCGACAAAAAAAAAUUUAACACGUGAUGUGAUUUAAAGCUUUCUCGAACGCAUAAUACUAGCAAUUGCCAUUGUAUAUAAUUAAUUACACAAUAAUAUAUAAUUAAUGAAGAUAUAGG